UCUAUGGGGAAAAUCUGGGUUGAGGUAAGCCUCGUAUCUGCUCAUGGGCUCGGGCGUUCACCCUCGUUUUGGAAGCGUCAAUGGUUUGCCGUUGGAUGGAUCCAUCCUAACUGCAAAUACUGCACUAAGGUUGAUGAUUCUGGGAGUGAAAAUCCUGUUUGGAAAACCAAGUUUGCCGUUCUGGUUGAUGACUCUGAGUCCGAGAUCAACAUCCAAGAUCUAGUGUUGAACGUGGAAGUUCACAGUAUAGAUCCCAUAUUCCUCUCGGAAAAUAUUUAUGGAUCUGCAUCUGUUAUCAUCAAAGAGUUUCUAGCGAAGGAGGUUCCAAAUUCUGGGGCUUCUGUAAGGCCAGGGAAUGAGGAAGUUUGGAGCUACCAACUGCGAAAGAAGGAUUCCGACAAACCACGAGGCUUCAUUGAUAUUUCAAUUCGUGUAUUCGAGGAAAAGGAAUAUCAAAAUUCGAAUCCAGGUGUAAAAUGGAGAGGAAAGGAGAGAGGCAACUUGACUGCAGAAAAUGGAUCAGGGGACGUGUAUUGGCGGCAUUCGCCUCUGGCUUCACUCCAACGCCAGAAGAAUGAAACACAGAGCAACGUUCCCUGCUCGUAUCCAAGGCAGUUCCCUGCAAACGAUUCUGACACUGACCUAUAUGGGGAGGGACCCAGUUACGAACGACGUAAAACUCCUUCUCCACCACCCCCACCUUCAAAUGUUGGUUAUAUACCCACUUUUCUCCCCAGAAAUGAUUCUUUGCCAUCAUCAUCGCCUAGGGCAAAACCUCCUGAGAAUGUACCUCCAGGGUUGGCAAUGGGAGCUCUGUUAUUUGGGGAUGACUUCAUGUCUGGAUUUGACGUUCCUCCGGGCCUUGCCUCCGGUAGACUUACCAUACCCACUGUUCCUCCUUCCUGAACAAACAUCAAACUGCUUCUGUCAUAAAUAUUACUUGUUCUUUCCUAGAAUUAAUUAAUGCCAGUUUACUAACCGAGCUUAUAGAAAAAUUCUCCUAUGCUAUGAAUGAUCAGUAGCUACGUUCAAUCA